CGACUCGACGAUAAGCUGCUUCGCCACCACUCAAUCUGAUGCUCCCAACAGGGAAUAUCGCGACUACGAGAAUAUCCCGUCCGUUUUCGCCCGCUCGCUCGCACGCUCACUGACCCUCCCCUUGCAGGAAUGCGGCGCUGAGGGAAUUAGUGCCACGCUGACACAAGCACACAAUGCAUGCAUUGAGUCAAUAAUUUGUACUCUGUACUCCGUGCAUGAGCUUAAAUCCCGCAGUCUUCGGAAUGUACAAACAAUGAUGGCUGCUGCCACCAUUUCACCGCCGUCGGUCUAGACUGGAUGGCCUGGAUGGCCGGUGAGAAAAAUCCCUCUGCGUUCAUGCCAGAACUCGUCCAACAGGUCGCGUUAAGCUUUCGGGAUGUCGCGGGUAGACCGCCGUGCCUUGGAAACCCACUGGCAACCCUAAAAUGGGUCAGCUCAUCCGCGGAGAUCCAUCGAGAAUUCGAGAUAGAGCCGUGGGUGGAUCGCGCUGGAUAAUCGGCUCCGCUAGACCGCACGAUUGCCUUUCUCCGAGGCCCUCAGCUUGUCCAAAAUUCCAGCUAUCAUCCUGUGAAGUAACUAAAACGCCGGCGACUGGGCUCGUGAGACGCCAUAAUAAUGUGAAUACAUUCUUUUAGUGCCGUAGGCUUUCCCGGUCUGAUAAUUGGGGUCCCUUACUCCGGAGUAGAUUUGUCUUAUGAGCGAGGCCGUUGGAACUUCUCUUGACCGAUGUUUCUUCUUGUACUCUAAUUUUGUCCUCCACUACACCCAACAAUAAGGAUGACGACUGUCACUGAGGUCUGGACAAAGGCGCUCGUCCCGAGUGAUCUCCUACUCAAGUCGACCACAAUCAAGGUCGAAGAAGAGGAGACUUCGGAUGUUGACCUACAAGAUAUUCCUCUGCCACCCCCUUCGACAAGACCGACGGAGGUGCUGAGUAUAGACAAGAACACACCAGAUAAUCAUGUCCCUCGUGACCCUCGACUUCUCAGAUUAACGGGUGUGCAUCCGUUUAACGUCGAGCCUCCUCUUACAGACCUUUACAAAGAAGGAUUCCUCACCUCACCGGAACUCUUCUAUGUCAGAAACCAUGGCCCGGUUCCCUUCGUGAAGGAUGACGAUAUCUCAAACUGGGAAAUCAGCAUCGAAGGGCUUGUCGAGAAGCCAUUAGUCUUGAAUUUCCGUCAGGUUUUACAACAGUAUGAUCAAAUCACGGCCCCAAUCACCCUCGUUUGUGCCGGUAAUAGGCGAAAGGAGCAGAACACUGUGCGAAAAUCAAAGGGCUUCUCGUGGGGUUCGGCCGCGUUGUCAACGGCCCUCUUCACUGGCCCUUUGAUGGCUGAUAUCCUCCGAAGUGCCAAGCCACUGCGCAAAGCCAAGUAUGUCUGUAUGGAGGGAGCAGACAAACUGCCAAAUGGCUUCUAUGGAACAUCUGUCAAGUUGAACUGGGCCAUGGACUAUAACAGAGGUAUCAUGCUGGCUCAGAAGAUGAACGGGGAGUCUCUUCGACCUGACCAUGGUCGUCCACUGAGAGCUGUUGUACCGGGUCAAAUCGGUGGUAGAAGCGUCAAGUGGUUGAAAAAGUUGAUUUUGACGGACGCACCAAGCGACAACUGGUAUCAUAUCAAUGAUAACCGUGUCUUACCAACCAUGGUUUCUCCUGAAAUGGCAUCAAGCGACCCAAAGUGGUGGCGUGAUGACCGUUACGCCAUAUAUGACCUCAACGUCAAUUCCUCCGUUGUUUAUCCGGAAAACAACGAAGAGUUAAACAUUGCUUCAGCGGGGCCAGCUUACACAGUGAAAGGCUAUGCGUACGCAGGGGGUGGACGAAGAGUCACGAGGGUGGAGAUCUCGGUGGAUAAGGGCAAGAAUUGGCGCUUGGCCGACAUUCAUUACGCGGAAGAUAAAUACCGUGACUUCGAAGGAGACCUUUUCGGUGGAAAAGUAGACAUGUCCUCGCGAGAGACCUGUUUCUGUUGGUGCUUCUGGUCUCUUAGCAUCGCUAUUUCUGAGCUCGAAAACAGUGAUGCCAUCAUCGUUCGAGCAAUGGACGAGGCACUGAGUAUUCAGCCGCGCGACAUGUACUGGUCUGUCCUGGGUAUGAUGAACAAUCCUUGGUUUCGGGUCACAAUUACCAAAGAGAAUGGUAUCUUGAAAUUUGAACACCCAACACAUCCCACCAUGCCCGGUGGCUGGAUGGAACGCGUUAAGAAGUCUGGAGGUAAUCUGCUCAACGGAAACUGGGGCGAGAGACAAGAUGGAGAGGAACCAAUUGCCCCCGAACCCGUGAAGGAAAUCAAGAUGAAGAAGGAUGGGUUGAAUCAAGCGAUCAGUCUGGAGGAGUUCAAGAGUCAGUCAAGCGAACAAAAGCCAUUGUUUGUCGUUAAUGGCGAAGUUUAUGAUGGCACGGCAUUCCUUGAAGGCCAUCCCGGAGGGGCGCAGAGUAUCAUCUCCUCUGCCGGACUCGAUGUCUCGGAGGACUUCCUGGCAAUCCACAGCGAAACAGCAAAAGCAAUGAUGCCUGCUUAUCACAUCGGAACAAUGGACAAGGAAUCCCUAGAUGCACUCAAGAACGACGCCUCAUCAGUUUCAGACAAACCACGCGCAGAGUUCCUCCAGUCAAGGUCAUGGACCAAAGCAACUCUUGCGAAGAAAACUGACAUAUCAUGGGACACACGCAUAUUCAGCUUCCAGCUAGAACAUGACAAACAGACACUGGGCUUGCCAAUCGGCCAGCAUCUUAUGAUCAAAGUCUUAGAUUCAGCAGCAGGGAACGAAGCCAUUAUUCGCUCCUACACCCCGAUAUCCGAAACCAACCAAGAAGGAACAAUGGACUUGCUGGUCAAGAUCUAUUUCGCAAGUCCCACAGUUCCUGGCGGCAAGAUGACCAUGGCUCUUGACAGGCUCUCCUUGGGCUCGGUGAUCGAAUGCAAAGGACCGACCGGACGGUUCGAGUACCUCGGAAACGGCCGAGUUCUCGUCAGCGGCAAAGAACGCCAUGUCAACUCCUUUGUCAUGAUUUGCGGCGGAACCGGCAUCACGCCGAUAUUCCAGGUCCUACGUGCUGUUAUGCAAGAUCAACAGGAUCCCACUACGUGCGUUAUUCUCGACGGGAACAGGCAGGAGGAGGACAUUCUUUGCAAGUCCGAACUUGACGCAUUCGAGGUGUCGGACAGCAAUAAAUGCAAGGUGAUCCAUACUCUGAGCAAAGCUCCAGAUUCUUGGACGGGCCGUCGAGGGCGUAUCUCGGCAGAUCUCCUCAAGGAGUAUGCGAAGUUUGAUGAGCAGACCAUGGUGCUUCUUUGUGGACCAGAGGCCAUGGAGAAGUCUACGCGGGAGAUUCUUCUAACGCAAGGGUGGGCGGAACAGAACCUUCACUUCUUCUAGGAAGUGUUAGCUCUAUGGAAAGAUGAUAUGUUUGACAUGAUAGGUUUGGCGUUUCUUGGGACAGGAUUGUUAUGUAUGUACACGAAUACACGCAUUGAUGCAGAUUUCAUAGAAAUAUGAAUAUUAUUAGCAAAUGAUUUAUAUUAUGUCUUGGCAUUGAU